AUGUCAAUCGUCACUGAACGAACGUUCAAGGCUGCUUUGCGCGCGCUCAAUGUCAUUCUCUACGAUGCAAUUCUGCAUGAAAUGAUUCUCGGAAUCCAGAACAACAUGUAUAUCAUGAUUGCUCACGCCAUUACAGAGAUAAUUCAGGCCAUCAAGCGCGGAUGCAUCGCAUCCUCAGAUGCAAUUGAGGCUGCGACCAAAGUUCAGGCGACUUCGAGACGACUGGAGAAGCUAGGCCAACAACUACCUUCUUCGUCCCCGAUCCAUCUAUAUAAAGGCCUCGCUCGUGUUUUCGCAAGAGAACUGAGCAGGGGUAUGAAGUCCAAAGAAAAUGAUUUCGCCCAAAAUGAGGAAGAAAACACGGAGGAGCCUCCAGAUUGGCUUAAAGCAUUCGAUGGAGGAUCGUUGGACUCUGCCGCAUGGCUGGACAUGGGCUUUCUGAGCUCUGGGCAACCUCUUUCCGAUCCUACUCACUUCACGGGCGCCGAAAGUCUCAACGGACUGUUAUUUCCCUAG